CAUUCUCUCUUAUUGUGUCGACGACUGUCACACUGUUCAAGUCGUCCAAGUCCCGCAUCCGGCAUCGGUGCAUGUCGCGUAUUUUUGUCAGCAAAGUGAAAAACAUGGCGCCCGAAUGUAGACAGCAGAUCCGCUCGGUGUCCCGUCCUCUAGAAGCGAUGUAAUUAUAUGGAACCGAGCCUAUUAGUUGUAAGGAUGAUAAUCGCGUAAUUGUCAACGCAACCGUAUAUCCAUCAGUAUUACAUUUAUAGCUCCAUAAGCGCGUGUGUUUCCUGCUCCCGGAUAUAAGUAGAUGCCAAGAAAAAAAAGUGUGCUCCUAGUGCUACAUUUAAGUGUUCCAAUGUUUCAAGUGUUCGUCUUUUGUUCUAUCUCAAUAUUGCUUGAAACGAUUAGUGAUAUUAAGCGAGAGGCGGUAAGUCCAGUUAUCAGAAUGAUGCGAAAAAGUGCAUAACGUGUGCGUGAGUACAGAAAUGAGAAAAUCAUUCUUCUCACAUAAAUCUCGUGGCCCUACGUAAGAUCAGUUGUGGCGAACAAAAGAGGAAAAAUCGAUUCGUGUUCGAGCCAGUACAACGAUACGCGAGGAUGCAGCAAGUCUCAACUACCCACGAGUAAAGGAUAUUAGCAGACUCUCUCCGUCGUCGUCGUCGGCGCCAUAUGGAGAAAUCAUCUACGGCCUGGAUCUAGUUUCUAUCAAUUUGAUGACAACGACUCACAAUGAACAGUGACCGAAAUAAACGACAAUAUCGAUCUGGAAACAAUCUGUUCAGCGAUGAUGAGCUGGAAUUAUCAUCGUCCCAGGUGCUGGAGAAGGUCAAACCCGAUCGCAUCCCGUCGACGAAGCCCGACGAAGACCGCCGGCGGCGAACUAUUAUCGUGGAGAAGAAGAAUGGUUCCUAUGGGUUCACGUUGCAGAGCUACGGAAUCCACUACAAGAAAGAGCAGGAGGUUGAGAUGAUCACGUACGUCGACUAUGUCGAGUACGAUGGUCCGGCCUACCGGGCGGGAAUGCGCGAGGGUGACGUAAUUUUAUCAAUCAACGGAUACGACAUGGAGAAGGCUGAACACAAGACGCUGGUGAAUUUUAUUAAAAACUGUGAUAACCGAAUGCGAAUGGUGGUGCUGUUUGAGGAUUGCUGUAGGAAGGUUGAACUGCAUCUGAAGUAUAUCCAGCUUCAGGAAUUACUGAAGAGUAAAAUGAACGAUCUGGAACGAAUAUGCUUGAGAGAGCGAGAAUUGCUUGAGGGAAAGUGGAAAACACACAGUUUACCAGCGCGGAAGAAAGCAACUGUGGCGGCCGACGACAUUGAUCCAGGUUCAACGACUGAUGUUGAGUCGGCUUCAGGUCCGUCGUUUUGUCGUCCAGCUGCCUCGACAGAGGACGUUAAGAAAUUGUUGCGACAAAAAACCUACAUUGUUCCACCACCGGCUCAGUUUAUGUUAGCCUAUCAUUGCUUGGACAGCAACUAUCGCUAUGUGAUUCAUCCCUCAACCUCUAGUGGUACUUCUAGCACGAAUGCUGCCCCAUUGAAUCCCAACUGUGCUCAAUCAACGGCCAAAUUGUGUAAAGAUCAUCAGCAUAUAAUCCGUGGUUCUUCCCUUGAUAAUAAUAGUUUAGGUGGUAUAAAAUCAGGGGGCGUUUCGUCCUACAAUCAACAGUCCAAAUCAACAUCGCCGACGAAGAGCCUCCAUAAUUACGACACCAAAUCAACUAAAUCCUCAUCUCGACGCCACUUCCAUGGACACUCGUGCAAUCCAUGUAUGGGUCACUUUCUACGAGGUGGCGAUAAAAGCGAUAAAGCCGAUAAGGACAAUACUAGUCUCGAUGCAUAUGACCUCGCUAGUCCGUGUUGUGACCCGCAAUGUGUUCCUUCGCGACGUAAAUCCAAACACCACAAAGACCAUCAUCAUAAGCACAAACACAGGGACAAGGAAGCCAAACAAGGCGGUAGAGAUCGCAUCCCCCGUCCUAAGUCACAGCCACACAUUUCACCACAAUCGCAGCCUAACUAUCUGUAUCGCCAUAGCAGAGACAAGCACGAGCAUCACCACGCCAAAGUUCACGACCUAAACGCUAGCUUAACCAGUCAUUGUAGCCUCCAUUCAUGCACGUCUAGUGAGUUUAAUCCGGCCGCAGAAAACUCGCCAGCUUCCUAUAGUACUUCCAUCAGCACCGACACGCUUUACUGGGAGCCCCAUAGUGAGUCAACGUCUGCAUCGGCUAACUCGUCCCACAAGAAGCCCCCGAAUACAAGUUCCGCUGGAACUAGCAGACCACACACUCAUCAGCAUCAUUAUUAUGUGCAAAAGUACGUCCAUCCUCACACGGGACAGAUUCAGCCUAUCACAGUGUAUGCCGGGCCACCGGUUCAUAAGCCUAAAUCAUGGGAUAACCUUGCAAUGAAAGGGUUCGGCGGAUACGGAUACGGCUACGGUUAUAUGGAGAUGGGCAAAACGAGCGUAUCUCCCCAGACACGCACGCAAACUACUAUUACCAUUCAGCAUCGAAACUCUAUUCCGAAAAAGAACGGUUUCGAACGCUACUCCGCUUUCGUGGACGUGGAGAACUACGCUCCGCCGCCAACACAAUUCCUCCAAGAGACCACCACCACAACCACUACCAUUACAACAAAGUCAACAGAGAACCUGCUGGGACCAUACGAACUGUCAGAUUCCUGUGAGUGUUUGGAGAGUUCAUCGCCCGUACCCGGAACUGGAAGUGGCAGUGGGACAAACACAAUGGAAAUUCUUCAUGACAAAACCGGCUACUACUCUAGUCUCGGCAGCGGCGGCACGUGUGGCACCGGCAAUAAGAAGCAAAUGUCCAAUCUAACCGAAAUCGCUCGUUUGUAAGCUAGUCACCCCCCAGGAAUACUCUGCGUUCGUAUAUGCCAGUUGUGUUUUCCUGUAGAUCUGCUUCAUUCCACCUAUGAUCACCAUAUCCAUUGCUAUCGCAAACAAAAGCAAAACGUGAAACGUUUGUUUGACGAAACCAUUAACCUUUCGUGAGUCUACCAAGAGUCUUUAGUUGAAUCUCCGUCUAGAAAUAUUGGAACCAUAUAGGAUAUUUAGUGUGCUAAUUAUAUACAUAGACGUUGCAAGAAGUUACGUGUAAGCAAAAGCCAAAAUAACUACCAAACGAAAACAUCAAGUUUUACAAUUCAGAUAUAAGUAGGACGUUACGGGAACAGUUUAAUUUUUUAUAAUGGCACUCUUGAUACGAAAGUCCUGUCGAUAGGAAACGCUACGAUGGGAUCACUGAAUGUUUUCAGAGAAUAUAGAGCAAUUUCACGCCAAAAUUACCUGCCCAUUGCGUUUCCGUUCUACGCAUAGUUGUCCCAUGUUACUUUUUGACAAUUUUCACUUUUCUUCAGAAAACGAUGUUUUUGUGCCUGAUCUUCUGGAAAAACACAAAAAAGUUAUUGUUAGUUUCCAGCUUUUAAAAAAACCAAAAUCAAGCUCAAUUGUCCCAUGUUGAUAUUCUAGGCAUAACUGUCCCGCCAUGUAUUUUUUGUAAAUCCAUAAUGAAUAAAUCGGUACAAGCACAAGAAUUUUAAGUCACGCUUUCAGCAGAGCUAAUGGACUUAUUUCUGGUUUGGAAGAACGUACUAAUUCUCAAAAAAAUUAAUAAAAGUUUACCAGAACACGUGUACACCUUGUUAGUGAAUGCCUAAUAACAAUGAGAUUUAUAUUCUGCAAAGAUGUUGCAGGUCACUCCCUUCGUCAUUAAACGAUGUUCUUAUACAUAGUCCUUCAUAAAAACGCCAAAAAAGUUAUUGUUUGUUCCCAGUAUUUAAAAAAACCCAUCAAAUUCAAUUGCCCCAUGUUGAUAUUCUAGGCAUAACUGUCCCACCAUGAAUUUUUGAACUUAUAAUCAAGCUUGAUGGAUUCAAGUGAGGGUAACGUUUCACACUUCAUUAGACCUGCUCAUAAAAAAACCCGGUGUAUUGCUAAACUGAAAUGCUUAGAGCUGAAACUGAAAUGCUGGUAGCCAAAUAUUCUAGAAAACUUUGAUUGCGUUUUUAUCAGUUGCUGAUUUUGGAACAUGGGACAACUAUGCGUAGAACGGCAGUACGUAUGUCGUCGCAAAUUGAUCUUUUUUUUGUUAUUUAUUUUAGCUUAAUGUCUUUACAACAUGGCCUGUUUCACAAUGUUUCUCCAAUUAAUUCGGUUUGUGGCUAUCUCUCUCCAAUUCCUCUGCCACCUCGCACUCGCCAUGUCCCGUUCCACUCGGCCUAACCGCCUUACUCACUGCGCUGCUCUCCGUCUCGUACCAGCCGGAUUCCCGAUGAACACAAUAUGUCCUACCCAGCGUAUCCUUCCAGUUUUGAUGACUUUCUGGACAUUGGGUUCACCAGUGGAUUGCGUGAGCUCGAAGUUCCUCAUUCGUCUCCAUACGCCAUCCCCCUGCACUCCGCCGAAGACGUCGUUUAAAGACUCCAAGUCCUCUCCGAGCAUUGUCCACGUUUUGUGUCCGUAGAGGACAACCAGUCUUAUCAGCAUUCUAAACAUUUCGCACGAUUGCUAAGUCUGUUUUACCUCGAGUGUUUGUGGAUACCAUAGUAGGUACGACUUCCAUUGAUAAUCGCCUCCGGAUUUCACGACUGGUAUCAUUGUCAGACAUUAUUAUAGACAAAUUGGUCUACUACCUCGAACCCACCGUCGUCGGUCACUACGCUACUACCUAAUCGGGCCGUGUCAUUCUCGGAUCCGGAAGCCAUAGGCGGCAUUCAGGAUGGUGAGUUCACGAAAGUAUUCACAGUCUAGUUUGCCGCCUUUCCUGAAGAUAGAGCGAAUAACCCCAACUUUCCACUUAUCCGGUUGCUGUUCUGUUUCCCAAAUUCUGACAAUCAAUCGAUGCUGACAAUUAACCAAAUUUUCUGGGCACAUCUUGAUGCGUUUCGCUCCGAUGCCAUCUUUCCCAGUUGAUUGUUCUUAAGCUGUUUGAUGGCAUUCUUAACUUCACCUAUCGUUGGGGGUGGCUUCCAUCGUUUCUUUAGUCCUCUGCCUGUACGCCAUUCAGGUGUUCCUCGAAGUACUGCCUCGACCUCUCGGUCACUUCACGUUCGUUCGUCACGAUACUCCCAUCCUUAGUCCGACCCGUUUCUGCUCGUGGCAAGAAGCCUUUCCGGGAUGUAUUGAAUAUCCGAUAGAACUUUCGCGUCUCAUGAGAGGGGUGCAGAGUUUUCCACACUCCUCCUCUUCCUGGCGACGCUUCUUUUGUUUGAAGAAUUGAGUUUGCUCUCUCCACUUCUAUCUAUUUCGUUACACGUUCUGACGGGUAGCUAGACACAGCAUCAGCUUCCUCGCAGCGUUCUUCUCGUGUAACACUUGCUGAGAAUCAUCAUCGAAACACUCGUAACAUCGUCUUCGUCCCACAUGUUCAGAAUGUUCUCCGCUACGCUGUUCAUGGCUGUUUAAUCAUGCUCCAACAAUACUCAAGAGGAACUUCAAUAAUUGCGUCCUCUUCUGGCAGCGCAGCUUCGAGCGAAUGCACGUAAUUUUUGGCAACAUCUGCUUGCUCCAAUCGCGUAAGAUUGUACCGUCGCGGUCAGCGGUAACGAAUGUUGUUCACAACGGAGAGUUUUAUGCGCAUCUUAACCAUCACUAGGUAGUGGUCUAAUCGAUGUUAGCGCCUCGAUAGAUUCUGACGUGAGUUAUGUCCGAGAUAUUUCGACCGACUAUCAGAACAUGAUCGAUCUAAGAUUCUGCUUGACCUGAUGACCUCCAAGUAUAUUGAUGGAGGAAUAUGUGUUGGAAGAAGGUACCGCGUACGGCCAUAUUCUGAGAGGUGUCGAAAACGAUGAGUCUUAGGCCGUUUUCAAUUGUUAACUGGUGUGCGCUGUACACACCAUUUAUAGGUUUGAGUUCUAUCUCUUUACCGAUCUGAGCAUUAAAACCUCCGAUUAUGGAUCUUGAUGUCAUGUUUUGAUGAGGGCUGUGUACGUUAUUGAUGUUGAUGUUAAAGAAUCGAUCCUUAAUCCUCAAUCUGCAGAUUUUUAUGUUGAAUGGUAGAUUGGGUUGAUUACCCAAUCACACGCAUAAUGCUCAUCAUAAUGAAAGCUGUACCUAGCUCAUUCGUGUUGCCGCAGCUCAGAUAGAUGUACCAUCGCGUAUGACCAUCGCGAAACGUACGUACUGUAGAUCCUCUCCAACACACUUCCUGCAGAGCUACGAUGUUAAACUUGCGGCCUUUCAAUAGUUCGGAAAGCACACGAGUACUUCCGAUGAAAUUAAGACAUCAACAAUUCCACGUCCCGAGUUUCCAAUCGUUAGUACAGUCCGUUAGUUUUCAUCGCCUGGGUCUAUGUCGGUUAGUCCGGUUCACAUCAUCUUGUGUUCCGUUCGUUGAUUGGUGUUUUAGUGGUGCGGCUUGCAAGGCCUGCGACCAACCCCAUUAUCUCGCAGGGGCACCAUCACGAUACUGCUGUUUUACGUCCCGAGUACCACCAGCCCCAGACAUAGACUGUUUCCCUGAACCAGUGCAAACCAGAAAAACGACCUUUGAUGAUAGAAUAUCCGACCCGAACGGGAAUCGAACCCAAAGCCCCCAUCUUGGCAAACGCAACACUUACCACUCGGCCAUGGGGACCACGUAAACAUGAAAUUCUAGGGUAAAUCUUUGGUCGACAACAAUCUCGUUUGCGUGCUUCCGCUUAGCCACGACAACUCGCAUUUUGUUUGGUCGAUCCUUUGAAAUUUCGGUCACGGAGGUAUAUCUGUCCUAAUCUUUCAUGAUCUGCAUGACUCUUAAAGCAUUACCAUUUAGUUUGGGCCUAAAGAAAACAACCCACGGGCCAAUUCCAGGUGCAUUUUCCUGAUAGUCCUUGAUACGUGGGGAAGGGACAACAGACAUUUUUGAAACUUUCAGCCUCCUGGGCAAAACGGCCGAAACAUUAAACUUAUCACUAACAUUAAUAAAUUUUACAUGAAAUACGGAUAAGGAAAUAACAGUGAUGCAGUAAACAAAAAAUUAUAGGAGAUUGUAUUCAAGACACGACCGCAUUGUUGACGUAGAACUAUCCUGUAGUUUAAUUCAAGUCGCUUGUUUAUAACUGCGGAUAUUAUUUUAUAACACUACGAAAAUUUUGAAAUAACCAUUCUACCAGUUUGAUCACCCUAAAAAGUUUUUUAUUGUAGAAUCAUUUGACGAUAAUUUUUUGAUGAUUCAUUCUUGUGCUCGCAGAACAAUACAUGCUCGAGAUAAGCGCAGCUGUCAUCCUUAGUGGAGAAAGUUUUGCUACUGGCAAGCGAAACCAAAUCACAUACAAAAUUUCAGAACGCCAUUUACUUUCUUAGUGAUUAAAUAAACGAAGUAAACUCUAUCAAAUGCAAUCCUAGUUGAAAGCAGUAUUGCGACUGGCACGCGAGCCCAAAUUAAUUAAUAACUUAAUAUAACUUAUUGAAUAACUUGGUAUUCCCAAAAUAAUUUUUUGGUGCACAACCUUAACACCUGCUUCACCAUAGUGUCAGUUCAAUGCAUUGAUGACAGAAAACAAACAAUGCUAGCUGCUUGGAAAAAGGCUGAACAUUUUCCUCAGCACUGAUUCAUUACCAGUACCCUAGCGUAAAUAUUCCCCUCCCGUUAUCUCCCCUCCUUGUUUAUAUUUUUCAUUACGAUUGCAUAAUUUGCAACACCAAACAGUAGUCAAUCAUAGCAUUAAAAAAUUAGGCAAUUGUUGCAUCGUUACAGGACCAAUUCAAACGGGAGCAGAUACAGAUGAUGUUUCAGCGUAGCGAAGAUGCAGUAUUUUUACGUACGGGUUAUGAAGCACGCACGUACGCAUACAAGUAUCCAUAUAUCGAUGGCUUGAAGCAAUUAAAUAUACACACACUUAUCUCCGUUUUGCGCUCUUUUCAACAGAAGCCCUUUCAGUCAAUAUUGCCAGUCUAGAUUAGCUUAGCUGUCAUUCUUUGUGGAGAGUUUUCCUACCGUCAUGCGAAACCAAAUCACUGAUAAAAUUCCAGAACAUUUAUUUUCUUGGUGAGCUGACGAUAGCCUAGCUUGAUGAUUCCCCACACAAUUGUGUAGCUCAGAACCUUAAUGCAAUGGCGUCAGUUUGAUGCAAUUAUUGCAAUACCAGAGACAUCAGCGAGUGAGUAAUUUGGUCGCGUCCACAGCUCAAUCCGAAACGAAGACAUGUGAUGACGCAAAACAAGGAAGAACAAGCGAUAUUCACUGCUUUGAAUACGGAAAGAUACUGAAAGUUUGCCUUCCUUCUGCUUGAGACUUUAAACUUCUUCAGUUCAUUCGUCUCUAACCUUCAAAAAGGCCCUUAGAAAACUUUACUUUAUCCAUAAUAUUACUCCUCCAUCCCCAUUGCAUUGAGAAAGGCAUUCGAUCCUUCGCCCUCCAGCAACGAUGUUGUUCAGUCGAUUUCCCUACGAAAAAUGAAAGUUUUCCUCAAUGAGAUCCACUGUUUAUACUGUAAAUAUUCCUCUUCGUUCUUCUUCUUUUCUUUUGUUCACGAAGACUUUACAUCUUACGAUUUCCCCUUCGUUGCUCGUCGAUAAGUUACUCGUUAUUGACAGCUCUGUUCGGGAAAGCACACAAAUGGACAGAACAAAUGUAUGGGGAAUGGGAAUACUUCCAAUGUUCAUCAAUUUGAACCAUAUACAGACUUUGGGAUUGUAAUGUAUAGCAUAUCAAACAAAUCUUAGGGAAUUUCCGAUUCGUUUGGUAUGUAAAUCGCUAAAAUCCGUUCGCGGCAAAAAUAGUUAUUAGCGUUAACUUUAUUUCAUAGAAACAUGACAUGUUUUCUGGCCCCCUUAAUGAAAGACGUAGUUCUACGUCAAAAAAAUCAUCACGAGAGAUUUCUUCUCCCUGAUCGUUUGACGAGGAUGUCCGUUUACCAUGGCACUGAUGGGGAAUUCACGUCGUUCGAAGAUGCCGACUGUUUCUCUUACCACGAAGGGGAAAGAACAAGGAUCUUCGAUUUGACCACUAGUUUUUGUUUAAAUUAUAAAAUACAAGUCGGCAUCUUUUAAAAAACAGAGCAGUGCUUGAGUUCGUGAAGGAUCAUCGCCAAGCACAUCACGAAUGCUUCGCUGUCCUGUAAAAGUUCCGAAGGUUCUCAUACAAACACAAACGAUAUGUUCGACUGAAUUGUGUACCACGCAAAGGUCAUAAAGGGGACGAAAGGAUCCCUGGUCUGGAUAGAAUUCGUUGCUCCCUUAUUGUUUAACACAUCCUCGAAUCUGGUUAUGGAGCGUCGCUAUGGCGGACUUUUUUCCGUCCAAAAAGUGUUGAAGGUGUUGGGGAUCCAUAAUCUGAUGUCGCCCAGCGGUACUUCACACGUCAAAAGCUGUCUAAGAUGACCGAUUCCAGCAAAACGAUCGGUCGCGCUUCAUUAGCGGCUAUGCCACUAUGUCCGAAAAUCCACAUGAGGACUGCAUCUGACAGCAGAUACCCUCUGAAAGCUUAUAUCCAUAGAUGCCUAGGUAUAGCCUUGAUGACGAUCGAUGACGCUAGCCAAGCCGGUAACUAUCAGGAUAGUGACAGCUUCGAAGACUCCGGCUGCUUCAGCCGAGAACACCUGGCAGAUGUCGAUGAGUUUCUUGUUGAGAAUUAGAACAUUAUUAUGAUCGCUUACCCCGAAACCAACUCCUUGCAUCCCUUUGGAAUCGUCCGUGUAGUGAAUUUUAUAGCUGUGAUAUUUUCUUGAAACAAAUCUGGGAGCUCGUCUCCUCACCUCCGCUGAUUUCAGCGAGGAAACUCGCAGUUUUGGAGAUUAUCGUUGCGUCCACGAAAAUGUCAAGCGGAGUUUUCCCUAUUUCAGCGCAUACCGAUGCUGCUGGGGUUGAUGAUAGCAGGGCGAAGAUAAACCGUAUUUAGAAGUUUAUCUCUGGCCAGGCAUGUCAAUUCGAGACCGUAGGUGAGGCGGCUGUUGAUGAUGGCUUUAGAUCGUUCGGUUAGUACUCUGUUGAGGUAUGGAGAUUGUUUUGAAGAGGUUUAACCGGGUGGCACAACUCUUUUUCAUCUCGUCGAAAUAGUGCUGGAUGUUCAGGUUUUGGCCGACCACCACUACCAGGACCCUCAACGUUCUAUGGUGGAGAAUGCGAUGGUUUUAUGUUUUGGCUCCUGAAUUGCAACUCUGGUGAUUGUGACUGCAUCAUGUGACUACUCUUUUGCGCCGAAAGUCGAAAACUUCUUUCGACAGCCCAUUUACCGAUAGUAUUGGUAGCUGCCUGGAUCUUGAUGCGUGGUGCCCUGUGCGUGUUCCCCAUCACUACCAAAAGAAUGUCGUUCGCAUAUGUGAAUGCGAAUACUCCCUUCGGUAGAUGCCCGAUUCUCUACUAUAGUGACUUUCAACACAUUUCGGCUUGUUCGUCACUUUUGCUUCCAUUUUUGGAAGAAUGUCGGGAGUGAUAAUUGAACUCGUGAUCUCUGCGUGAGAGGUAUGGAUGUUACCACUACGCCAGAUCGCCUCCACAUGCGAAAUACAUGUUUGUGCCCAUUCCUAGUCGAAAGGCGAAUUGUUGGACGACCAACUUCUUGACUUCGGUCAUGUGAGUAACGAGCCGUCGGUUCAUAAUCCUCUCCAGGGUCUUGGACGUGCAGGAGGUCAAGGAUAUUCGCAGGUAUCCUUUCAGGGAGCAGAUGUUUUGGCCGACUUUGGGAAUGGUAAUCACAAUACUAUGUCUCCAUUCCGCUGGGAAGUCGUGCUUCAACCAGAUGUCAAGGAGAAUGGUUUGACCUAACCUAACGGGGACAGCUGCUUGAGCAUCUUAUAACCGAUGCAGUUGGGACUCGUGGACUCCCCUUUGGUUGAGCGCAGCGCGGCGGUGAGUUCUUCGACGGAAAAGUGUUUGUCGAAUGCUUUACAAAUCCGGUCGUUCGGAACCACGAAUCGAUUAACUGAGUUCAUGUCCGCUGUUUGUUGUCGGAUGGACACAUAAUCGUAUCCCGAAAUUGAGGACAGUUGGAUCCGUAGAGGACUGGCUUUCGUUGAUGGAUUCCAAGAAGCCAGUCCAACUUUCCAGUUUCACCCGUCAUCCUUAUAUGCUGUGCUCGGUACCUGUUCAUUGCCGUUUCUUUCUCCGGGUCAUCGUUUUGCCACGCAGGCACUUCCUCCGUUUCUUGAUUUUCUUUUUUUGAUGUAGUGCCGCACUCUCUUCCCAGGGUUGGGUUUUGUUUCAGGGAUUUUGUUUUCUGCCAUCUCGAUGAUAAUUUCGUUGAGCUUCUGCAUACGGAAUACGGUGGUCGGAUUGUCUCUUGUGAUAAUGUGACUGGAGGAAACCCUGUAGAAAUCUCAGUUUGUCGAAGAUCCACCUUGGUUUUCGUCUUCGUGUGGGUCGAGGCAGCGGUGCGUUGAGGAUGAUCGAAAUCGGAUAAUGGUCACUUCCAUGUAAGUCGUUUGUUUUGCUCCACCCCAGUUUACCUACCUACCAAAUGCUGGCUGAGGAAAUGUAAAUGUUUGAACUGUUACGACUUCGACUCAAGGUCUCAGUACCGUCAUUCAGAACAACGAAUCAGAGAAAAAAUCAGUAAUGAUGUUCCACCUAACGUCCAUUGCUUGCAUCCUUCAGUUGUGGUGGUGAGCGAUGAACGAUUUUAGCAGAACGAUUUAAGGACCCUCCAAGCUCUCAACACCUCUAGUAACUUGCGUUUUAAAUCCGGGAUCUUCCACAUGGUAGGUAAACAUAGACGAGGAUCACCUGAACUGUAGCUCCUAUUCUGACCGCAAUUCGUAGAUCGGUAGUGAUUUGCUUGCGCAAGAGCUAUGGCUACACUGAGCACUAUCUUUAAUUUACGCAUGAUACGAUAAAGCACCGAAACGAGAAAAUAUCACGACUAACGGUAUAUGAUCACGAUAACAAGAACCCAUACCGAACGCAUCCGACUAUGCGAAACUGUCGACGAGGAAUGGUCAUACAAUAAUGAAUUUCGAAAUUUCGAGUAACGCAGUAUUAGAUAAAAGCUCAGAGGGGAGCGGCGCUCCGAGGAUACUCGGUUAGUUUGGCGUGGAACUGCACCAUAGCGUUCCGCCUUUCGUCUGGGCUGUCAUAAAUGUUCUCAUAUUUAUUGGAUCUCGCAUCGUAUCAGGAGUGUUUAUAAUAUUUAAAUCCUAAACUUUCUAAUGUAGGAAGCAUGUUUCGAAAUGUGAGGAAAGUGAGGAAAGUUAAUAAGGAAAUUCAAAAUACAAUAAACGCUACUCAGUCGCAAUCAUAUUUUUAUAGCGGCCGGUCCAAUUCAAUAAUUCAACAAUACCAAGGAAGCCGAAGUCCGAUAAUUGUGCGAUUUUCGGCGUUCCCAUUGAUGCUUCAUAGCUAGCAGGAGAGAACAGAAUAAAGACCCCGAAAUAGAUGUAGAAUUGUCAUAAUAAAACAAUGCGUAGAAAACAA